UUGCUGGGUGUUUCAUUGCUGAAUUUCAGAUGUGGGCAAUUAGGUUUCUAGUGGGGCCACGUCAUAUACUGUUGUAGAGUACGGAGUAUUUACUAUUGUAAAAAUAAAUAAAUAAGGCUAAAUAAUAAAUAAACACAACUUACAGUACAUAUAUGAAUUAUUUUUAAAUAUAUUUUAGAAUGACUAUGAAAAUUAAUAAAUGUGUUGUGGGGAAUCUACUACAAAAGAAAAAUAAAAGAAAAACAAAACAAAUCUUUAAUGAAAAUUAAUAGGAUCCAAAAUAAAAUAAGGGGAAAAAUGUAAUUACUGUCAACUAUGUUCAGAAACAAAAUAUUUAGAUUGACCAUGAUAGAUAGAAUUGGAUAGAUCAUGAAGGACAGAAAAUCAUCUAAAAGGUCAGUAUUUCAAAAAGUAAAAGGCAAUAAAAUAAAAUAAAAAAAUGGUGUUUUAUAUACUUACAGUACACAUUCAAAUUACAUUAAAUCUGAUUUUAUGGCGAAAUAGUUGCAUGCAUGCAAAUAAAAUACUAGUUUCGCUUUAACCUCAUACAGGCUCGAUAUAUACAGGCAGACGGUGCUGAGGGCUCCUACAUAGUCACAUAGUCUACUUGUUAUUUCAUUAACACUUAGGUUUAGUGGUGUUGAUCUUUCUCUAGCUCCGAUCUUUGGUUAAUAGUGAAAAGUGACUUUUGUGAAACAAGAAUAGAAGCCCAUACAGUCAAAGGUAUUUUGUUCGGUUGUUUUUAUGACAUAUAAAAUUAUUUUGUUUUAUUUUAUUUUAUUUUAUUCUUACAUUUUUGUACAUAAUUGCACGUUAUUCCAAAGCACUAUCCUGGUUGGUGGGCUCCUCACUGACCGUGGCAAUAAAGCGGAGUCUGAUUCGGAUGGAUUCACAUCUUCUUCACCGACUGUAAUGGCAGGUUGCACCAGUGGGGGCGCAGUGUGACCUCCAUCAUCACGGGGGCUGCGUUCACGUCCGGACUCCUCUUUUCUCACGGGGUCCGCAGUUCUCGUUUGCUUCGAGGUUCUGCCAGGAUCAUCAUCUUUCGUCUGUCCAAGGGGACCGGACCGAAGACGCCGUCCGGUUCCGGACAACAACACGAGCCGACCUGGAUCGUCUACCACCCACAGGAUCGAAGCAGCCGCCGGCCUGUUGACUUCACACGGAAGGGAGGAGCUGAUGUGUGGUUCGACCAGAACGAUGUUCGAUGGUUCUGGUUCUGGAGGAUCCGUUUGCUGUCACGCGGAGGACGCGCGUCAACCUGUCUUUAGUGAUGGUGUGGCAUCAUGGUUGUCCAGUGCUCCUUAGCGCCCCCGAGUCAUCGCCUCACACCUGACGUCUUCAAACUCCACUCAGUCUCUGACUUCUCAUCACGAUGACCACCACACUGGAGACACUCCUGGCCCGGCCCCGGCCAGAGUUGCAGCCCGGACUUUGGGCCAGCUGCCUGGACUCUGGGGGGCGCUACGAGGUGGUCCCCGCUGUUGUCUGCUCCAUGUGCUGCCUGUUCGGGAUUGUGUACUGCUUUUUCGGGUACCGGUGCUUCAAGGCUGUGAUGUUCCUGACCGGCUUGAUGUUCGGGUCGGUGGUCAUCUUCAUGCUCUGCUACAAGGAGCGCGUGCUGGACACUCAGCUCAGUGUCGAGGCCUCUGUAGGAAUCGGCCUCGGCAUCGGAACGCUCUGUGGUCUCGUCACUAUGCUGGUUCGCAGUGUGGGACUCUUCAUGGUGGGCCUGCUGCUGGGUUUACUGGUCGCCAUAGCGACUCUGGUGGGAAUGGAAGAGCUCUCUGACAACCCACCACGGUCCGUCUGGGUGCCGCUGGGAGUGCUUCUGGGCCUGGGCAUGUUCUUUGCCGUGCUGACUCUGCAGUGGCAGCGCCUCUUCACCACUCUGUCCACCGCUGUCUUCGGGGCUGCAGUCAUCACGGUGGCGCUGGACUACUUCGUGGAACUCUUUGCCUUGGUGCUGUACAUGUAUGAGCGGAUGAAAGCGGCUCCUGGGAAGCCGGUGUGCUGGCUGACGUGGGUGGUCCUGGGUGUGUGGCCGGCCCUCACCCUGCUGGGUGUCAUAAUACAAUGGAAGGUGACUGCAGAGGGAUACUCGCACACAAAAGUGAUCAUCAGCCGCCAGCAGAGGAGGAUGCAGGUAAUGCGGAUCCGCCAGCGAGAAGAUCGCUACCACCACAAGAAGAAGAAAAAGCCGACUCCUGGAGCUGCCAGCCAACAUCAGGCCAAACCUCUGCAGGACCCCGCCUACCGCCGGAAACCUAACCCCAUCAGACGCUACGACACGGACGUCCUCUCGCCGAGUUACAUCCAAAGCUUCAGGGAGCGGCAGGUUCAGAUCCGGCCCUUCCCGAGUCAUUUGCUCGGUGCAGGCAACACAGCGUUGGGCUACGACUGCGGCUCCACGGCACCACUCACCACACCUGUCGGCCCGCAGCUACGGGCCUGAGCAGGCCAGUAUGACAGGAGUGCUGAACUCACCUUGUCCUGCAACUGGAACUCCAGCCACAACCCCUUCACCUGGUCACUCUUAACCAGUUAUAUGAGCCACUAUGGAACCCCAGACUUCACCAUGUCAGGGAUCAACUGGUCUUGUUUGGAUACCAAGUGGAUACCUACACAUUUCACUUACAAAAAAAUGGCCAAGGUUUUAUCUUAAAUUCUGCUUCAUGAGAUUAUGUUUUGGCUCUCAUCCCUGAACUCUGUUGCUGGUCCUAAAUGGAUUUUAUUCAUUUGUUAGUUGGCUCCCAUGCAUUUUCUGUGUCACGUAAUUGUACAUCUUCAAAUCUGCAGUUUGAUGAUGUUGACCCAAAAUUUACUGCCAACUUCUGGUGGGGAUAACCGGUUCUUGGGACCAGUCACUUCACAAAGAUCUUGGCUUUGGCUAAAUUCUUGAAGCUAAACUGGUCACCUUGUCAUCACGCCUGAUGGUACCGGACCACAACUUCUACCAGAACUCAGGCAUGACGUAUGCUCUCUGUGCCGUCUGGCUCUCCUCCUCUGGUGCUGGCUGUGUGUUCUCCCGGGUGCCUUGACUCUCCUCGGACCAGCGAUAGUACUGACCGUCACAUCUCCCACUGGGCUUGUUCAUGGGGAGGAUUUGCUUUUUCUGACAACCACAGCAAAGCCAUAUUUACACUGGCAUCUCGUGUCACACCAGCUUUGGGGAUUAAUUUGGAUCGAUUAUUUGUAGUUCCUGCUGGGAAUCUUUUUGGAUUACCCAGCGACUGAGUGGAGUAGAUUUGUCAGACAGCAGAUCAGCUAUAGACGAUGUGAAAUAUCUGCAAAUGUUGAGUCCCUCUCCUGGAGAUGCGCGUCCAUGUAAUGCUUUUAUCCGGCUGGAUGUGAUGUCAUGUUUCCUCAUUGUUUGGCUGUCUGACCAUCUAUGACCUGACCAGUGCGGCCAAAGCAGGCCACUUAACUAUUUCACUUUUCUAUAAGACUUUUGUGUGGCAAAUCCCACCAACAUAAUUGUUCUAUUCUCUGGUGUGGUGUUUUGUAAACACAAUAACAAGCCAUCAGUGGAGACAUGUACGUCAGUCGAGACGUGUACAACAACUCGUACUUUUCCCAUCUCUGAUAAGUACACAUCAAGUUUGUGAAAGUAAAUAUGAUUAUUGCCUUUUUUCUUGGAAAAUGACACCACUGAAGGAGUCGUGACACUUUUUUUAAAGGUCAACAAUACAAUGCAUGAUCGGCGGUCCUCCCUCCACCCGUCAAUGUGAACUCUGUACAUAGGACACGAGCACUUACAGAUGUUCUCCUGUUUUUAUUGUUUAUAUUUCAAAUUUGACACUGAUCAUUUUUAAGUAGGGUGUAUUUCAUGAAAUUCUCACAGCUGUAGGCAGGUAAUGACAUGCUUUUAUUUUGAAAUGACAAUGAUUAAAGCAUGUGUUUCUGGUGGCCUGUGUUCCUGCGUGGGAGUCGUAACUUUGCACAUACAACAAAUCUACAGUAAAUGUGGUGCCACCUGCGUCCAACCUUUCUCUGUGUCCUUAUAUGUUUCCACUUCCACUUUGUUUUUGCCCUCUGUCCCACAUAUUCCACGACAUAAAAGCAGUCUGACAAUUGAGGAUCAAUUUUUAAUAUUUUAAAUUAGAAAAAAAUAAACCAAAGAAGCUGAAUAAAUUUUAUUUUAGACAAUUAGGCAGUCGGCCAGAUGACAUUUUAAUAGACUUAAAGUGUUUUGCAAGUGUUUUGCACUGGAAAACAAUACAAAAAAAUGUAAUAUUAUUUAGAUUUUUACCUGAAGCUAUAUUAUGUGAAGCCGGCAUUAUAUUUAGUUUUUUAACUUAUAUACUAAAUUCUGUUAUGUUGCGUAAACUAUUGUUUUGCAACUGAUGAUUCAUUAUAUUCUGUCAUUGUUGUUAAAUAACUCUACGAUUCCCAAUAAAAUAUACUAUACUAAUAUAAUACUAAUAUAAUAAUUUUCACAAGAAGCCUGAAUAGGUUGUUUUAGGUUAUAUGUUUUACGUUCAUGCCAUUACAUGGAUUUGUUACCCAAAAAGAGCUUUGUCAUAGUUUUAUGUUGUGAAAUUAUAACAAUAUAAUAUGCAGUUCACUUAAAGCUUUUAUUCAGCAUUUCUCCAAACAUUUUUAUAUGUAGAAUUUAAUGGUUUACUAAGUAAAAAUGUGCUAUUUUCUGAAGAUGUUGAUAUUUUUCUUUUCUUUCCUUUUUUUAAUUGAGAUUAGCUGAUAAGUUUUUGUUUGUUUUAGUUUUUUUUUCUUAUUUUGAAUAUUUUAGUUAGUUUAGUUUUUGUUUUUUUUGCCCUUUUUAUUAUUUUUUUCUUGUUUUAGAAAAAUUGAGUCUUCUUCUUCCAUUCAUCAAAUGGCGGUGAAAAAUAUGAAGAUUAUUUUUAACUUUGUAAUUUGCAGGUUUUAACUUUUUUAACUUUGUAACUUUCUUUUUUGAAAGUCAUUAAAGUCCCAUAAAGGUUUGUACUGUUCCCACAAAGACAUACCCAGUUUAGGGGAGAACAUUAAUGCAAUGGACCCCUGGUGAUCGCCUGAUCGAAAUCACUUUUACUUCUGUGCGUUUGUGUUCUGUUCAUUGUAGUUAGUGACAGUGAUUCAAAUCUGUCUCACUUUUGUAUGUAAUAUGCAUUGCUUUUUUUGCAACAAUUCCUGUAUUUCAUUUUAGUCAAGUUUGAUAUUCACUGCAAGAGUUUAUGAGCGUUAAUAAUUCAUUGUUACUGCUGUGUUUAGUCUCAUAUCAAUUCCCCAUCUUCAUCCAUUAGGUGGUCUUUCUUCUGCAGUUUCACAUGAUGUCGUGCUGAUGCUGUGUCGACUCACUGACCACCUGGAGUACACACACAGACAAAACAGAGGUGUUAACUAUUUCUUUCACACCAUAAUGAAAAUACUGCUCAUUGUUACGGUUGCUGCCAACACGUCUGGGAUCAGCUUGAACCCAUUUCUUUUAUCAAUCUUCACAAGGACUUCAGUUCUGAUUUUGAUCCAGAAUACCAAAUAUAACUUCUGUCACCUCUCCAUCUCGAGUCUCGAUGGUUUUGAUCAGGACAGUUUU